AUGAAAUAUGGCCGCUGUCACCAGGAGCCAGAACAGAUGCCGAGCUGGUCCAGGACAAUCGUUAGAGGAAACAAACCCUGCAAGGAAACCUCCAUCAAUGGCCUGCUAGAGGAUUUUGACAACAUCUCUGUGACUCGCUCCAACUCCCUAAGGAAAGAAAGUCCACCCACCCCAGAUCAGGGAGCUACCAGCCAUGGUCAAGGCCACUCAGAAGAAAAUGGCUUCAUCACCUUCUCACAGUAUUCUAGUGAAUCUGAUACUACUGCUGACUAUACAACUGAAAAGUACAGAGAAAAGAGUUUCUAUGGAGAUGAUUUGGAUCCCUACUAUAAAGGCAGCCAUUCCAGCAAGCAAAAUGGACACAUCACAAAAAUGAAACAUGGGGAGGCCUUCUAUUCUGAGAUGAAGCCGUUGAAAACUGACAUAGCCAGAUUUCCUGUUGAUUAUCAUGCACACUUGGACUCACUGAACAAACCCAUCGAAUAUGGUGACCUCAAGUGGGAAUAUCAGCGAGCUUCAAGUAGCUCCCCUCUGGAUUACCCAUUCCAAUUCACACCUUCUAGAACUGCAGGGACCAGUAGGUGCUCAAAGGAGAGUCUUGCAUACAGUGAAAGUGACUGGGGACCAAGCCUGGAUGACUAUGACAGGAGGCCAAAGUCAUCAUACCUGAAUCAGACAAGCCCUCAGCCAGCCAUGCGGCAGAGGUCCAGGUCAGGCUCAGGGCUCCAGGAACCCAUGACGCCAUUUGGAGCAAGUGCAUUUAAAACUCAUUCCCAAGGACACUCCUACAACUCCUACACCUACCCUCGCUUGUCCGAGCCCACAAUGUGCAUUCCAAAGGUGGAUUACGAUCGAGCACAGAUGGUCCUCAGUCCUCCACUGUCAGGGUCCGACACCUAUCCCAGGGGCCCCGCCAAACUACCUCAAAGUCAAAGCAAAACAGGCUACUCAUCAAGCAGCCACCAGUACCCUUCUGGGUACCACAAAGCCACCCUGUACCACCACCCUUCCCUGCAGAGCAGUUCUCAGUACAUCUCCACAGCUUCUUACCUGAGCACGCUCAGCAUCUCAUCCAGCACCUACCCCCCACCCAGCUGGGGCUCCUCCUCAGACCAGCAGCCCUCCAGGGUGUCCCACGAACAGUUCCGGGCUGCCCUGCAGCUGGUGGUCAGCCCGGGAGACCCCAGAGAAUACCUGGAUAAUUUUAUCAAAAUCGGAGAAGGGUCAACAGGCAUCGUAUGCAUCGCAACAGAGAAACACACAGGGAAACAAGUGGCAGUGAAGAAAAUGGACCUCCGUAAGCAACAAAGACGAGAACUGCUUUUUAAUGAGGUUGUGAUAAUGCGGGAUUACCACCAUGAUAAUGUGGUUGACAUGUACAACAGCUACCUUGUUGGUGAUGAGCUCUGGGUGGUGAUGGAGUUUCUAGAAGGUGGUGCCUUGACAGACAUCGUUACUCAUACCAGAAUGAAUGAAGAACAGAUAGCUACCGUCUGCCUGUCAGUUCUAAGAGCUCUCUCCUACCUUCACAACCAAGGGGUGAUUCACAGGGACAUAAAGAGUGACUCCAUCCUCCUAACGAGUGAUGGCCGGAUAAAGUUGUCUGACUUUGGUUUCUGUGCUCAAGUUUCCAAAGAGGUGCCAAAGAGAAAAUCACUGGUGGGUACCCCCUACUGGAUGGCACCGGAGGUGAUUUCCAGGCUACCUUAUGGGACAGAGGUGGACAUCUGGUCCCUUGGGAUCAUGGUGAUUGAGAUGAUCGAUGGUGAGCCCCCCUACUUCAAUGAGCCUCCCCUCCAGGCAAUGCGGAGGAUCCGAGACAGUUUACCUCCAAGAGUGAAGGACCUACACAAGGUUUCUUCAGUUCUCCGGGGAUUCCUAGACCUGAUGUUGGUGAGGGAACCCUCUCAAAGAGCCACAGCCCAGGAACUCCUUGGACAUCCAUUCUUAAAAUUGGCAGGUCCACCAUCUUGCAUCGUUCCCCUCAUGAGACAAUAUAGGCAUCACUGAGCAGAGGCUUCAUUAGGUGACAAAGCUAGGUGAGAACAUGAGAAUAAUUCAGGAGAACAUGAGGAAAACCACAGAUCAUGCAAAAGGCCUGUGCAUUCUAGGCCAGCUGAUUGGUGGGACAAUGCGCUGACCGGCAGGGUUUCACAGACCAGGGCAUCUUCUUGUGUCUUAAAUAGGCAUCUCUCCACUGACAGCUGGCAUGGUCAUUUGGAGCAUGGCUUUUGUAAGUCAUUGUUAUAUUUUGCAGCCCUUCAUCCAGCAAAUCAGAAGGACUCAGUACAAACUCCGUUAUGAUAUAUCCUAGCCACAUGCAGGGUACCGCAUAGGAUUUUCUAUAUUGAAAGAAUACUUUUCUGGCAAAAAAAAAAAAAAAGAAAGAAAGGAAAACAAAAAGCACUUUUUUCUUAAUGGUAGCAGUGUAAUGUAUUUUGCAAUGAAUUUGUAAUUUUUCUGUACGAUAGUUUUGAUAAUUUAUAGUACUUUGAUGUCACGUAGCCAUUGUAUCAGUUGAAGUAAUACUUGUUUACUAGCAGGAGUUUGAACAAAGCCUUUCCUACUUUUUUAUCCCUUUCAGAGAACCAACGAUUCUUUAGGAACUUUGAAUACUGAAUGACUCUCAAUCACCGUCAGCUUUAGUAGAAUAUCUUUCUUAUCUUAACAAGUGUCUUAUGUGAUGGAAGAAUUAAGAGUGAUGGUGAUGAUGUGCACAUUUCAUUUAUCCAACCCAAAAUAAUGAAAUAAAAUUUGAGCCACAGUAAAUUCCUUGGGAUAAAGCUAAAUAUUUUGAAAAAUCACAUUUUUUCAAAGCUUCUAGUAGCAAACCAUUUUUUGUGCACUAGGAUGUAUCCCCUGGUGCCACACUUGAAUGGGUAUGGCAUCCCUUAGGGCCAAAUUUCCCUCCCAAGGAGCAAUUUGAGCACUAGGAUCAUUGGAUUUGGUUCCCCGUAUUGAAUGUUUCGGUGAAACCAUGGGAAUUCCAGGCCCACAAAGGGAGAGGAGAGUGAACAAGGCAAGAUGUUUGGUUUCGUUCAUCACUGUUUUGAAAACUCUGUAUGCUAGCACACCAAACUCUUGUCUGUAUUUACCUUUGUACCACAGUAUUAAUUGCUAUUGUUCAUAUAUCGUGCUGGAAAUCUGAACUGAUGCUAGAGGAUGAAUUAGCAAGGGGGUAUUUUACCAGGUAUGAUCUGACUUCAGUUGUGACCAUGUUAUAAUUAAUGUGUUUCCGACAUAGGAGAGUUGUGCUGCUGUCUAGAUCUUCUUGAAUGUUGAUAAAAACUGAAUGACUACUACAAUACAUUUUGUGUUGCUUGUUGGAUGAAUUUGCAUGUUAACUGUAGGCCAAUAUAGAUUUGCCUUUAAAACUCUGGAAGAGCUACAUAGUCAUCAUUUGUUUCUAUUAAUUAUGCAUCAGACAAAAGCCAUUUGUUACCAAACUGGAAAACCAGAGGCUUUUCUUAAUGACUUCGCAUUACUGUAACAAAUAUGAACUUAAAUUUGUGAAAAUGCUCUGGUUGCUCUAAGCAUAAUUAAGAAUUUUUGUAAUUAAUAGGUUGCUAAUUAUUUAUUAUAGUUAAAAAGGAAAAAAAGGCAUAAAAUGACCUUGUACUGAUUAGAUUUUCAGUUUUUCCCUCAAACUGGAAAUGCCUCACCAUGAAUAGGAUCUAUGAUUUUGUUUCAUAAAAUACAGCAAGUCAAUGUUUUAUGUAAAAUAUUAAAAUAUUCAUAUAAAUAUGUAAGAAUAAAAGAUAAAAGCAAACUAAAUCCAGAAAAUGGCAUUCCUAAAAGGUCAUGGAAUAGAUUAUCUUACUUUAAGGAGGACUAUGUACAUGUAGAAAGAAAAGAAAAUGCAAAAUACUUUUUAACCAGAACAUUAAAAACCAUUGCAGAAAAUAAUGGACUUUGGAUUCAAACAUUUUUGACAGUGUAAUGCAAAUUUUUUCUGUAAUUUUCUUAUCAUUGGAUAUUUUUUAAAGUAUUCAUUGAGUUUACCAAAAGUUACUGUAGCUUAAAAGGAUCUGUGAGCACUAACUAUUGGCAGAAACUGCACUUGCAAAUAAAAAUAAAUGUUUGCCUUUUC